AAUUUAUUGUAUAGAAAUAUGGAAAAUACUCUGGAAAUUGAAGAGCAAGUGCAGGCACACUUAAAUGAAAUUUAUAAGAGUUUUAGCAAGAGGUACGCUGAAAAAUUUGUUCCUGCUAACUGAAAGGUUUUGUACAAAACUAUUUCUGACGAAAAAGUAAAGCAUUUACAAACAGAUUUCUCAAGAGCAAAUUCUGUAACUAUGGAACCUCCUGGAGGGAAGAAGGAUGCUGAAAAGAUUAAUAAACUUGGUAGUUCUCUGAGGGAGAUUAGGGCUUUGAUGAUUAAUAGCAAAUCCAACAUAUUUGUCGAGAGGCUUAAAAUUAAUUGGGCAUACUCUCUUCUAUCUAAAACUACAGGAAUGAUAAAAAUAGUUCAUUUCAAAAUUCUGGCUAAAUGCUUGCAGAGAUUACUUUUUGCAUCAAGAAGAGUAGAAGAAGUUUGACUACAUUAUUGAGAUAUCUUUACUGGUGGUUUCGAUUUAAUCAAAAACUCUCAAGCGAUUAACUUUGAAAUAAAAUAGAAUCGAAAUAUUUUUAUGAGAUGAGCAUGAGAGACCAAAAUAAGUACUUUUGAGAGUUUGAGAUUUUAUAUGAUUUAAUUUCAAAAUCUUCUCUGAAAGAGUCACUCAAAGAAAUUGAGGUUAAUCAUUGAGAGUUUUUCGAAAGUACCUCGGAUAAAAUGACUCAGAAAUAUAAUCUUCAAAAUAUAAAAGUGAGAAUUUCCUCAAUAUCACCAAAUUUUGGAUUUCAAGAGGCUUCAAAGCCAUCUAAAAUCUCAAAGACAAAGAAGAAAGGUAAAUACCAAAAGGCUAAAAAGUCGAGAUGAAUAGUUCAAUAAAUUGUUUCA